AUGACAGUCGCCGGUGUUGCCGGAAUAGAUUAUUCGGUUGGAGACGAACUGUGGCAGCAGCAUAACGAUAAAGUGACAAAUUUACCAGUUGCAAAUAUUAUCUUCUUGGAGUCACCCAUUGGUGUUGGCUUUUCUUACACUAACAACUCCAAUGAUUUAAAUGAGUUGGGGGAUGGAGUUUCUGCCUCUGAUAACUAUGAUUUUUUAAUGGGUUGGUUCAAGAGGUUCCCAAGCUUCAGAUCCAAUGAAUUUUAUGUUGUAGGAGAGAGUUAUGGAGGACAUUAUGCUCCACAACUUGCUGAGCUUAUCUAUGAAGGAAACAAAAGAGGACCUUACAUAAAUAUCAAGGGAUUCAUGAUGGGAAAUGCUGUAAUUAAUGAUAUUACAGAUUUGAAAGGAGUGUUUGAUUUUGCUGUGAGUCACGCUAUCAUCUCAACCCAAGUAUAUGAUGGGAUAAGAAACUGUGAUUUCAGUGAAAAAAAGCUCAAAAAAAAUUGUGAUUUGAGUCUUGCUAGGUUCUUAAAAGCUUUCUCCGACAUAGAUAUUUUCAGCAUUUACUCACCGAUAUGUCCUGAUGAACGGACCCAACUUGUGGUUGCUCCCCGUGUUGUCACAAAACAUGAGUUGAGGAAUGGAGUGUGGUCAUCUGGAUAUAAUCCCUGUGAUGACCGUAUAGAGAAAUAUUUUAAUAACAAGGAUGUUCAGAGGGCCAUCCAUGAGAAUACUACUAACCUGCCUUAUCCCUAUACCCUUUGCAGCUCUUUAAUUCGAGGAUGGAAUGAUUCACCAAUCACGGUGUUACCACUGAUUCAGAAGCUCUUGCGUGUCGGUUUACGCAUUUGGAUGUAUAGAGGAGUGGAGGAGUACGAGGGUGGUCUCACUUUUGCCUCCGUUAGAGGUGCUGGCCACCAGGUUCCGCUCUUUGCACCACAGCAAGCCCUUUCUCUCUUUACUCAUUUCCUAUCUUCUCAACCCCUUCCUUCUUCUCGCUUCUAG